AGAGAUUAUGUCUGUGGAUAGUAUCACGUUUACUCUCAUGUGUGUUGAUAAGUUGACUUGUCACAGCUGAUGUAUGUGUCACUUGCAUAUAAGCUGAGAAGGGUGGCUAAUGUCAACCAAUGAACUUCCUUUAACUACAUUUUCUACCCCUUAUAUAUCUAUUGUUAUAAAUAAGGAAGAACCACAUUCUGAACUCCCGAAUGUGACAUUCGUACCUGUUUUACCUGUCACAAAUCUCGCGUCUAAUACGCGUGAAAAUCAGCCGCUCCUUCAAAGAAUGGAGUCAGAUUCAGUUUGUAAUUUCAAUAAUUUUCCUGAUGAUCCACAAUUUACGAGCAUAAUCAGGGAUGCGGAAUUUGCAAUUGCAAAUGACGUUUUACCAGAGAGAAUUUAUCAAGGUUCUAGCGGAAGUUACUUCGUUAAGAAUAUGGAUGGCGUGAAAAUCGGAGUUUUCAAGCCAAAGGAUGAAGAACCAUAUGGACGUUUAAAUCCUAAGUGGACUAAAUGGAUGCAUAAACUAUGUUGUCCGUGUUGUUUUGGAAGAAGCUGUUUAGUUCCUAAUCAGGGCUCCUUGUCUGAAGCUGGAGCAUCACUGGUUGAUCAGAAGUUACAGUUGAAUAUUGUGCCAAAAACAAAGGUUGUUUACUUGACCAGUGAAACAUUUAACUAUUCUGCAUUAGAUAGAGCAAAAUCAAGAACUAAGAAGAAUAUGGUGCAACGCUUUCCUAGAUUUCCUCUGCAUUUCAACAGAAUCGAUCUUCCUCCAAAGGUUGGUUCUUUUCAACUGUUUGUUGAUGGAUAUAAAGAUGCUGAUUAUUGGCUUAAAAAAUUUGAAUCAGAUCCCUUACCAGAAGAUUUGCAAAGACAGUUUCAACUACAAUUUGAGCGACUGGUUGUUUUGGACUAUAUUAUUAGAAAUACAGAUCGUGGAAAUGAUAACUGGUUGAUUAAGUAUGAGAAACCUGAUUCUUCAUCUCUAGAUGGUCUAACUGAAUGGAAGGGCGAGGUGAAAUUGGCGGCUAUUGAUAAUGGCUUAGCUUUCCCAUUUAAACAUCCAGAUUCCUGGCGAGCUUAUCCAUAUUAUUGGGCUUGGCUUCCUAUUGCUAAAAUACCUUUUUCUUCUGAAACCUGUGAUCUUGUUUUGCCACAGCUUUCUGAUAUGAACUUUGUUCAAGAUCUUUGUGAUGAUUUACAUGAUUUAUUCCAAGCUGAUAGAGGAUUUGACCGCAAUGUUUUUGAAAAGCAAAUGUCUGUCAUGAGGGGGCAAAUUUUAAAUCUGACUCAAGCUUUAAAGGAUGGGAAAUCUCCAGUUCAGUUAGUUCAAAUGACGGCUGUCAUUGUUGAAAGAAGUAAAAGUGGAGUCAGAGGGAGAAUUCGUGCCAUUAAUGACAGCUUCACUCAGACAUUUCCAAAUAAAGCACCAUUUUUUAGUUGGUGCUGAAUUGCUUUUUUUGAAAGUAUCUUGCCUUUGAGAAUUAUUUUUAGUAAAUCUGGCAAGAUUUAAGUGCAUUUGUUUUAACUAAAUGUUUAACUGUCAUAUAAUAUCAAUGAAAUCUACUCAGUAAUACGAAUAAAAUACUAAUCUGUAGUAUUUUGGCAAAUUCAGCUCUCAUAAAUUUAUUUGAAGUACUGAUUUUUAAAAUGAUAUGACUUAGUUUUCCUGUUUUAUGUAUAUUCUACCACUGUGCAUCUUCGUUAUAUUGAAAAUAGUAGUUUCUAAAGAUUUAAGGUUUUGAAUUAACCUGAGAUUGAAAAUAUUUCAAGGUAUAUAAAAUUUAAAUAUUUUCAAGUGUUUUAUUUUACCAGUGUUAUACAUAUAUAGGUUAGAUAAAAAAUAUGAAAGCAAACUUCUAAAUUUAAUUCACUAUAACCUCUUUUAUUUUCUUUUUCAUUUGGGAACUUCAUCUAUCUGUCCUAAAAAUAGCACUUAAGUCUAAACUACGUCAUUCAAAUUAAUCAUGCAAUCUUACGUGACCCUUAAUGCAGAUGCCUCUUGGCCAGUCAUCAAAUUGCAGACUAAAACUUGUCUCUUUGCUUGCUUGCAUCUUGCAUAACUACGCACUUCAGUUUUGCUCUCUACUUUGCUAAGAUGUAAUUUUGCUGUCUUGCUUUCUAUUUCAACAAUAUCAAAAAUGUAAAUAUUCUGUGGAAAGGCACAACUAGAGU